CUGAUCGUAACACAGAACGCAACAAAUGAGAAAGUAGAAAUUAAAACGGUUCAAAAAUUACAGUAACAUUUAUAUUUGUUUGUAAUAUUGAAGAAAAUUGUAAUAACUGGUAAGACGUGAGGGUAAAAUGUGAAGGUGUUCGUACUUAGUGUCAAACGUUUAAAUUCUGGUCAGGAAAACUAGCUAUAAUGAAUAAUGCGAUAUAAUCAUAGCGUGUAAAAUAAAUGAAAUUAAAAAAUUUAUUCUAUGUGAAGAAUAUUAAGAAAAUUUGAAGAACCAAAUAAUUGUCUUAUAUUUCAUUGUAAUGUAAAUUGUUGGAAUAUGUGUAAUGAAAGUUUAGAAAAUAUAUACCAAAACACAAUGCAAGACAAUGAACAAUGUAAAGAAGUUAAUAUUAAUAAAGAGAAAAUUUAUUUUGUGGAAUUAAAUAAUUCUGAAUCUAUUAAUGUGUAUUAUAAUACUAAUACAAAACAAGAUAUAUCGAUAUUAAAUAGAACAUCCCGCACAGUUCCUAAUAUUUUGAAAAGUAAUUCAAGAUUACAUCGAAUAUUUAAAACAAAUGCAGCAAAAUCAAACUGUUUUUUUGAAGGUAUAACAGAUACCAAACAAGUUUUAGUUGUUGCAUCAGAGCAUACUAGGUCUGGAAAUACAUUUGCUAAAGAAAUUAAACAUAAAAAAGUAUCAAGAAGAAGGAAGCAAAAAUUGAACUAUGUGAAUACUUAUGAACCCAAUUGGAAUAUUUUUUCUUUUGUUGACAAGGAGAAAGAAAUGUUAGACAAAAACAUCAGUAUGUCAACAGAAUUAGAAAGUUGUACACAAGAAAGGGAAUUAAAACAUCAUACUAACAAACAGGAUAAAAAACAAAGAAUGUCUGUUCUUAAAAAUGAUCAAGAAAGGUCUUCAAUGUCAAAUCAUACAUUAACAGAUUUUACUUCUGAAUGUCAGAUUUUUUCAUCUUUCGAAGAAAUUGAUUCAAAUAAUCUGCAAGAUUCAAUUGAUUUCUCAAGCAAUGAAAUAUUUAAUAAAUUUAACUAUGAAUUUUACGACAGCAACAAUUUAGAGUGUUGCACAAAAUAUAUAGAGAAUUCUGAUAACACAUACAAUUCUUUUAAUACAAAAUAUGAUAAUAAUUAUAUAAAGGAAUAUGAUAUAAAUGAUAAUAAAAUUGAUACAUCCGAGGCAUUGACAUAUUGGUCUUUAACAGACAAUGAACAGGGUGAAAUAGAUGUAUCGAUAAAAAGAUCUAUAAUGGCUCCGGAAUAUUGGAAUGCAGAUCUCAAUAAUAAAAAACCAAAAUGUUCUUCAUCUAAUUCUUGUUGUGAUCAUUGCUUUGAAGAUUGUGUUUCAAAUUGGAUUGCAACUAGUGGAGCCAGUAUGUUUAGGAAAGAUAGACUACUAACAGAAACUUUUAAUGAUGAUUCACAAGUUAAUUGUAAUAAUUCAGAUUUACAUAUCUCUGGUACAUACUUGAAUGAUAAUGAGGACAGCAGUAGAACAUUGUCACCAAUAACUGAAAUUGAAAACUCUUUGCAAAUUGCAGAUGAUAUUAAUCCUGCAUUAACCAAAUUUUUAAGUUAUUCAAAUGAAAAAGGUGUCAAAGGAAAAAUAUUUAAAGAAAAAACAUAUAAAGAAAUACAAGAAGAGAAUGUACCAGUGAAAAAUUUACGUGUCAAAAAUAAUAAAUCUAAAAAUAUUAAAAAAAGAAACGAAUUUCAGUGUUUAUCAUGUUCACUAACAUUCUCAAGUGCGCGUACAAUGGCGAUGCAUCAAGCUGGAGCACAUGGAGGUAUGUACAUAAUACUUUGCGAAAGUUGUGGUAGACUUUUCAAUCGAAAAUAUCAUUUCAAUAGGCAUUUCAUUCACUGUGGGCGCACGAAAGAACCUUUUAAGUGUGACAUGUGCUUUAGGAAAUAUAGACACAAGUCGUCUCUAGUUCAUCAUCUAAAAGAAGCUCACGAAGUUUGCUAUGCUCGUUCAAAGAAAUUUACUUGUAGUGUAUGCCAAAAAGUUUAUAGUAAAUUUGGUGCUUUUCAAAAUCACGUAAAAUCCCAUAGAAACGCUCAAUUUAACAGAUGCGAUGGGAUGGAAUAAAAGUACCUUCCUUUUUCAUUUUCGAGAUUGUUACAAUUCAUAUUAUAGAAAGUAUUCUAUUCUUGUGUCUCUAUUUAAUAAAAUUGUAAUUGUCUCAGAUGUAAAAGAUGUGAUUGUAAAAUAAAAGUAAGUA